AUGGAUGAAUGCUUUCAGUGCCCAGAAGAUCACUAUCCCAAUGAGAAGAACAAUUUCUGUCUCCCCAAAGUUAUAACAUUUUUGAACUACAACGAAACUUUGGGUGCUGUUUUGGCCACUUCUGCUCUUUUCUUUUCUUUGGUCACAGUUGGAGUCCUUUGGAUCUUUAUUAAGCAUCAGGACUCUCCCAUUGUCAAAGCCAACAACCGGAACCUCACAUAUGUACUCCUUGUUGCUCUCCUGUUAUCAUUUCUUUGUAUCUUGCUAUUCCUUGGAAAACCUCACAAGGUGACAUGUAUCCUUCGCCAAAUUGCCUUUGGCAUCAUUUUCUCAGUGGCCAUUUCUUGUGUUUUGGCCAAAACCAUUAUUGUGGUUCUGGCUUUCAUGGCUACCAAGCCAGGGUCCAAGAUGACCAAGUGGGUGGGGAAAAGUCUUGGCAUGUUUAUAGUAUCCUUCUGCUCUUUUAUUCAAAUUAAUAUAUGUAUUAUAUGGGUAGUCAUCUCUCCCCCAUUCCCAGAUGCUGAUAUGAAGUCAAUAGCAGAAGAAAUCAUUCUGGAGUGUAACAAAGGAUCUUCCUUCAUGUUCUAUGCUGUCUUGGGUUAUAUGGGCUUCCUUGCUGUUGUCAGUUUCACACUGGCUUUCCUAGCAAGGAAAUUGCCUGAUGCUUUCAAUGAAGCCAAAUUUAUCACCUUCAGUAUGUUGGUCUUCUGUAGUGUUUGGUUGUCCUUUGUUCCAGCAUACCUGAGUUCAAAGGGAAAAUAUAUGGUUGCCGUGGAAAUCUUCUCCAUUAUAGCUUCCAGUGCUGGAUUACUGCUUUGUAUCUUUUCUCCCAAAUGCUACAUCAUUGUGCGGAGACCUGAUCUGAACAAGAAGGAAUUUUUAAAAAGCAAAACAACAUAUUAA